AUGCAAAUCUUCCAACCACAACAGCCGCCAAUCAUUACUACAGAUGUAGAAGUUUCACCACGAGCAAAAGAGCCGAUUCCACCUAUUCGGCACCCAAUGUUAAGCAGCGCUCCAAUUGCACCCAUUCUGUCGAAUCUCCAAAUAGGGUCGCGACUAACUUCGAUUGAACCAAGGGGCUCCAACAAACAAAGCUUUGGCGAAGAG